AUGCUUGGUGUGCUUUCUGUUAAAAUUUACUUCCUGCUAUUAAUAGCAUGUGCUAGUUCACUGUCGACACAACAAGAGGUGGGGGCCGCGGGCAACACUAAUAGCACUAGUGCUGUUCCGCAGACCGGAUCCACCGAUCUGAGCUCCCAGAGCUUGUCCUCCGUUCCCCCUUCGUCUACCGAUUCGGUUUCAAAUCAGGGCUCUUCCGGUAUGUCAUCUUCUACGGAAUUCUCAAGUGUCUCGUCCACUUCCUCAAGCGAUUCGCUUUCGUCCUCCAGUUUGAGUACCGUGAGCACGCCCAGCUCGUCUUCAUUAUUUUCGGUGUCGUCGUCCUCGUCUCCGCCAUCAUCAUUUUCAUCGAGCUCAAGCUCGACGAGCUUGAGCUCGUCGUCGACUUUUUCUAGUUUCUCCUCUGCUGCCUCCUCUUCAGAUUCAAGCUCCGCUUCAUCGACAUCCACAUCCGCGUUUUCAACAAGCUCCGCAAGCGCUAGUAUGUCCUCUUCGUCCAGUCUUUCAUCAGAAAUGUCCUCGUCAACAUCACGUUCCACGUCGCCAACCACCAGUUCUACCAGCACAACGUCUUCGUCGUCGUCUAGCUCCUCUUCAGGGCCCACGAGAACUUCAUCAACGCCGUCUUCAUCUACUUCGUCAUCUGAUUCCGCAACCAUUACCUCGGGCCCAUCAUCUUCAUCUGACCCGACUAUGACCAGCAUCAUCAAUGGUAAAACAGUGCUCUCAAACCAUUACACAACUAUCACUUAUUCACCCACAGCGGGCGCCGAUGCAGGUAAGUCUGGUGACAAAGGCGGUCUUUCGAAGAAGAAUCGGAAUAUUGUCAUCGGCUGCGUUGUAGGCAUUGGCGUACCUCUUCUGAUUGGAUUCGUGGCCGUACUGUACUUUUUCUGCAUUAGAACGAAGAAAACUGAUUUUAUUAAUUCAGACGGCCAGGUUGUUUCCGCUUACAGCCGCAACAGAUUGACGACAUGGUGGACCUCCUUGAUGGGGAAGGACACUGGCAACAAGUUCGACUCAGACACGCCUAUUGGUGGUUCAGACAUGGAUCCUGACGGGUCAAUGGAUCAUUCGAGGAGCAUCGGUCGGCGUCCAACGGAUGGGAGAGGAUCCCAUUCCAAUGACUUGAUGCUCGACGAAGAUAAGUAUUUCGAUGAAGACGGAAACGAGCUAAACGUUAGAAAUUACUAG